ACGACAUGAGCUGGAUUUGAAGCGGUAAAUAGGGUGGAAACGGUGCAGAUAGAGGAAGACACUCAGAUACAAGAAAAAUUUCACAGCGGAAGAAAGAGAGCGCUGUUUGGGAUUUUGGGACACCAGUCUUUUUGAACUCCCUCCCUCAUGUUCCGCUUGUUGUAUCUGAGUUUUAUGAGGCUUGGAAUAUAAUUAUCAAAAUAAUUUACGAGACCAAACUCUUGAAAGAGAAACAUUUUUAUUGUUCAUUCGACAAAAAGACAUGAGCUCUUAUUUUGUAAAUCCUCUCUUCUCCAAGUACAAAAGCGGCGAAACACUGGAACCAACUUACUACGACUGUAGGUUCCCUCAGAGCGUCCCCCGGAGCCACGCACUGCUGUACGGACACGGAGCGGCUGCGCCGGGCUUCCAGCAUCCCUCCCAUCACGUUCAAGACUUUUUCCACCACGGCACUUCGGGAAUUUCGAACCCUGGUUUCCAGCAAAACCCCUGCGCUUUGGCGUGCCAUGGAGAUGCCACUAAAUUUUAUGGCUACGAAGCCCUUCCGAGGCAAUCACUUUACGGUGCUCAGCAAGAGGCAAGCAUAGCGCAAUAUCCAGAUUGUAAAUCGUCUAAUGGCACAAACCCUGGAGAAGGACAAGGGCACUUAAAUCAAAACCCGUCUCCCAGUCUCAUGUUUCCUUGGAUGAGACCCCACGCCCCCGGACGGCGCAGUGGACGCCAGACCUACAGUCGGUAUCAAACGCUCGAACUGGAGAAGGAGUUUCUGUUCAAUCCGUACCUCACCCGCAAACGACGGAUCGAGGUGUCUCACGCGCUCGGCCUUUCGGAGCGGCAGGUGAAGAUCUGGUUUCAGAACCGCCGAAUGAAGUGGAAAAAGGAGAACAACAAAGACAAAUUCCCGGGACAGAGAGGAGAGGCCGAGACUGAGGCCGAGGAGGAAUGUACCGAGGAUGGCGAGGGGGGAGAGGACGAGAAGAAGGAAACGGAAGAGAAAGAUGAGGCUAAAAAGUGAUUUUAUUACCUUUCUUUAUGGUUAUAUGGCAUGAAGGGCGCAGAGAGCGAGUGUGUGGGAGAGAGCGAGAGAGAGAGAGAGAGCGUAAACUUUAUUACCACAGUUUUAUUGAGUCAACAAGUGCGGAAAAUCCCAGAGUCAUAACUGUCAAACCACUUCCAUCCGCCACACGCAAUGGCGAUAGAGUUACACAUUCUCAAAUGCCUCUUAUCUCAACUUGAAAUGCUUCUUCUGGGAUUGUUUGUUGGGUUUGGUUGUCAAACUUCAGAGCAGCUCUAUUUUGACGUUGUAUCGGUUUUUUUGUUUUUUUUUUUUUAAUUUGGAGGGGGAACCUUCCAGGUUAGGGUUAAGCCUGGUAUCUACGCAUUUAAGGGUAUAACAUUUAGAUGAAACCCUUCAAAAUGGUACAAAUGUUAGCAAACGGUUUGCAUUAUGUAGCCUUACAUUCGCUGCAAAUUACGCAUCAAACACUGAACAGUAAGUGAUACCAACUUUUUUGUAUAUUUAUAUUUUAUUUAUCUAACAUUUUGGACGAUUGUAGGGACGUGACAGUCAUUAGGCUACAAAAACUCAAGCUAUAGCGCUUGAAAGCUACAACAAUGCUACCUAAAAUUGGGGAACUGCAAUAUAAUUUUUAACAUACUUUUCUUUUUUAAUUGUUUUUUUUUUUUUUUUUUUGUAAAAUUAAGCUAUGGAAUCAAACUGUGAGCUUCAAGCCAGUUGCCAUUUCUUCAAAAUUCCGCAUUCGCACACAGAGCAAAUCCAAAACCAAUUCAAAACUGAUUGAGAUUUUGAAAAAGAAAACAAACCCAGAUAUAUUGUUCUUUAUCUAAAAGAGAUUUUGACAUUUUUUUUUUUACAACAGUGCUGUUCUUUUUGUUGACCGAUAACAUAUAAGCCUUUGGAUGCCGAAUGAAAUGAUUUAGACAUUAGACAUACCGUAAAAACUGACAUUCAACUAAAGUGUCUGUAAAAACAUCCUGUGCUUCACUGAAAUAUUUUGUGUAAUUUAUAAAAAAGUAAUACUACCUAUAAUUAUUUCUUAAUUUGUGAUUUUGUUUUGUUUUGUUUUACUAUACUAUUUGGUAGCUCUACAAUGAUGGGUAAAUGCCGCACAGUUGUAACGUCAAACAGUGCUAGAUCGUCAGGAAUUGGACAUUUGGACAAGUAAUAAGAUAGGUUGUUAGAAAACCUUUGAUACCGGCCCUGUGAAAAACUGCACCAAGCACAAAGGUGACAAAAAAUGAGAUGACAGUUAUUCUCCAUGAAGUGCUUGUAAAAGCCUAACAAAACCAAAAUGACAACUAAUGUCUCUUCUAUGACCAUCCAGGCUACUAUUUUUUUUAUUGGCUAUUCAUAAAUGUAAAAAGUGGUUAUCAAUGGUUUAACUGAAAUACUAAAGAAAAUAUAUUUUUAAUUUCGUGAUGUGCUGCCAUAUUUCUUACCACACUUUUAUGGGCGUGGCAGCACAAAAUGUGAAAAACAUAAAACAUAUGCAUGUUACCAUAUGAACAGCACAACGUUACCGCUUCUUGGCGAUCUAUUGCUUGACAUUUCUUCUGCCAUGCGGCAAAAUUCUUAAAAAUUGUGUUUCGCCCAACAACUGAAACUGCCUAUAAAUUAAAAAAUGCACAUUUGUGUCUGUUAUUGCCAUAACUAGUAUUAGAAGAUUUUUAUUAAGA